UAAACACGGUAACUAUAACGUCUGUUAAGACGUUAUAUUUGCGCAUAAGAGAAGGAUGUGUCUGACUGUUUUCGUCUAAUGAAAAUAAGUAACACUUAUCAAUAACACUGCUCAAAACCUUAAACAUAUCAUUAAAUCAUUUACACUACAGCGGAAUUUAUUGUUUUGAUCACAAAGAAAUGAAUGCGUUUUUGUUGAGAAUUGUACUGAUUAUGACGUGUAACUGUCAGAUACCUGGAAGUGACAGCGAAGAGUCGAGCCAGGAGCCAAGAUGUUACUCCAGAUUUGAUUACGAUUACAAGUUACUGAUGAAACUGACAAAGCAGGAAGAGAGACAAGAAUCGAUGCAGAUUUUGUUGAACAGCCAGAGUGGCCUGAUUGAUAAACUGAAAGAGCAACUUAGAGUAUCCUUGUUGCCCCGCUGGGGAGACUGGAACCCCUGGAGUGACUGCUAUAUGAACUGUACAGGAAAAUCCGGAGGACGUGUACAAAGUAGAUCAAGGAAAACCAUUGCACAUUCUCCAACGCAGGGACCACAGCAAGAGGCGGAAGAACGACCAUGUAAUGCCGUGCAAUUUGCAGGUUGUAUCAAAAGCUACGGAGCGGAUGAUAAUUUUGGCGUGUCCUAUGACUUCGCAGAUCAAAUUGCGGUAUCUACUUGCACAGCGCUUCUGUCGGGAGGAAACUACGUGUAUGCAAUUAGACGAAAAUGCUCUGCUCUUUCUGUCUCGUGUGCAGAAACGUGCAAAAAUGUUGGAAAAACAUGUUUUAAUUCACUUCAUGUUCAUCGGAGUUCCACGAUCUUGCCGAGGGAUAAAGAUGGCGCUCUGGGAUUGUAUUUAUACAAGUACAACGGCUGUUCUGGGAAUUUCUGCGGUCCUAACUUCUGCUGCUGUCACGAUUAGUGCGAUGUUGUCCCGUGUAGAUGCGGACUGUGAAUAGACCUACACGCAGGACACAGCGGAAAUAUUUUACUUUCACUGUUUGUGUAUGUGAGCUAAAUAGAUAUUUAUAUAUUGUUUUUUUUACAAAAUGUAUGUUACAUAAUAUGAUAACUUUGAAUAACUUACAAACAAAAACAGAAUAACAACUAAUGGCAGGUUGAAUGUUUGGAGAAUUGCAUUGCGGCGCGACGGUCAGUAACGUUACCUUUGUAAAGGGAACUGGAGCUUAAAACCUGACAUUCUAGUUUCACAUGUUAUCCUAAAUGCAAAGUGAUAAACGAGACAAUAAGUAUUAUGUUAGUAAAGUAUUUUCACAUGCAAGAUAUUUCUUAGUUCAGACUGCGAGCGUUUUAUUGAUAUAACAUUUUGUAAAUUAGUGUAAUUUUAAUUAAUUCUUCGGAUCUCUUGAUGAAUCAGUCAUUUAUUGCCUGUCAUCUAUUUUUAUUUUAAAGUUGGUAAGCCGAUCUUUAACUUUACAAUUAAUAAAAAUUACUGUCUUGGU